ACUAACGCCAAUUGAUCAUACAAUAUUACUGAGCAUCCUCGGCGUGUGAUCGUUCUCCAACCCGCCACACUCCGCAUCCACCGGGCUUCUUAAAGGCGGCGCUUCAUCCUUCGGGGUUUGUGCGUCACGUCGAGGUUCCCCCUCACAUCUGGGAAGACGCUCAUGUACUGACACCUAAUUAACCGAGGGCGCAUCAAUGCACACGGUGCGAACCGGAGAAAUACUCGACGUUUAACGCGUUUGGUGAAUAAACGGGAGUGGACGGUGGACGCUUUCCAGUCCUCAUUUGGGUGGAGUCGACCCCGUUUUUUCUGAUACACUCAAGUCUGACCAUUGUCAUAAUUAAGGAGACAAUCAUGAAGGAUGGAAUGGCCAAUAACAGCACCGCCUGCAUCUCACAGGCCCGGAAAGCUGUGGAGCAACUCAAGAUGGAGGCCUGCAUGGACAGGAUAAAGGUGUCCAAGGCUGCAGCGGAUCUGAUGGCGUAUUGUGAUGCACAUAUACGAGAGGACCCGCUCAUCGUGCCCGUCCCCGCGUCAGAAAACCCUUUCAGAGAGAAGAAGUUCUUCUGCACCAUCCUCUGAGGCCGGGCUGCAGGUUCUGCUGCGAGGUUUCCACAUCCCUGGCUGCUGCCGUUGAGCGCGAUUGACUGGCAGCCGCCUCUGUUGAUGGUUCGACCCCUCCUGACGGCCUGUGGGGGGUUUUGGGGGAGUCACUCAACUGGCAACCCAGUCAGAGCGUUUCAUGUCUCGUUAAAUAGGUUUGUUAUUGCUUCGUAUUUAGAGAACAGCCUUUCUCACUGCUUCAUGAGAUGAGAGAAUUUUUUUCUUUUGUUUUUCAUUUCACUUCAUUUCAAGCCCUGCCAAGUGAUCAUUUUGUAAAGUAUUUCAACAUGUUUAUAAACUAGACACGUCUUAUUUGAUGUACACUACAUGUGAACUGUAUGGACACACUCGACUCAAAUGUUUCUCAUGAUCUUAAAAACCUUUGGAUCUAAAUUGUAGACAAAUGCAAACUGCCAACGCUUGAAUUUCUUUACAAAACUGGAGCGGAUAGUGAAGGAAAAGCAGCCAUCAAGUCAUCCCGCAUACACAUGAGCACACCUCAGUAUGAAGCACCUCAUAAAGUUGGAAUCUAGAACAUAAAGGCCCGAAACAUACUCUACACAAGUACAUGAAUGCCCCAUGUGUCAUUGUGUCAACGCAAAUAUGCAUUGCAUUCUCAACAUUGCCACAAGGGGCGCUAUAGCGUAAUUGAGUUUUCUUUUUCAAGACAACAACUGUCAUACAGCUUGAAAUAUUGACCUAUGUUUCCAUUGAUCAUCUUAUAAAUAUUGCACCCCCUCCCUGGAAUCUACGCCCCUGAUUGGUGUGACGCUCCUGUUCUACCCGCUCCGGCGUCUCCGGUGUGGGAGGAAGGCGUGCUAACAAGGAGGAUAAAGGCUACAGCCUCUAGCAUCAGUCGCUAGUGCACCUUUUGAGGUCAGGAGUGUGAGGUUUAUACACAUUGCACAGCUAUCUAUCAGCUGGCCACCAUUACACUCACCCCUCUAAACCUCACUCCCAUCUGGGUCACGGCACCAUUGUGAUGCUCCUGUUCUAUCCACUCCGUAUGGGACUCGAACCGGCAUCUCCAGCAUGGGAGGCGGGUGCACUAACAAGGAGGCUAAAGGCUACAGCCCCUAGCGUCAGUCGCUAGUGCACCUCUUGAGGUCAGGAGAGUGAGGUUUACACACAUUGCACAGCUGUCUAUCAGCUGGCUCCCGUUACAUUGGCCUACAGUCCACAGUAAUCCAUUUUGCAAUUGAAUUCGUCAAUUUGUCCGAGAUUAUUAUAAUGUCUUUUCUAAGGAUACAACAGAUGGAUGCUUUUGGAGCAUCUCACUUUGGUUACGUCACGCCAUAAACAACGUUUUUAGGUCGCUGUGUCAAGUUAAAUGUAGUUCCCUUAAAAGCUGUAUUUUCGCUUACUGCCCCCUGCUGAAAACAGGUGCUACUUUAAGUUUGAAUUGCUUGAUAGAAGGAAUAAUUCUUAUUACAGUCCGGAGGCAUAAUUGCAUUGAUAUUUCCAACACUUAAUUUUUUAUAUAAUUAAUCGCACUGAAUAACGCUUUAAAUUGACAGCCCUAAUAUUUAUAGCAACUUACCUACAUAAUAACACAUUUGGUUUUAUGGCACAGACUUUGAAGGGAACUCUAUCGCCCCCUUGAGGACUGACGUUUGUUACCGUCACAUUAACACAUGGACGCACGUUUAUCAUGUUCAGUCGGGUCGCGUGUUGGCAGUGCGUUGGCCAAGCACUUGUGUCUGCAUUCGCGUACUUGCGUAAACUAUGUUUCUGGCCAACCGGUGGAUACUUUGAAUAAGCUCAAAUAUAAGAUAGUUGUAAUCAGUUUUGGGUAAAUUACACAAAAAAGUAAUUUACUUAAAAUUAAUAAUUACUACUAUAAAAUAAAAUCAGAUUACUGACUUUACUGAUUACUUCAUCAAAAAAGUAAUCAAAUUACUAGUUACUUUUAGGUUACUUUCUAAAAACUCUUUUCCCUUAAAAGAUUUUGUUUUUCCGUUCAAUAAAUUUAAAAUAAUGUCUAUUUGUCCUCCUCCUUCAUUGAUUCGUUAGGGGUCACACACCCUUCGGCUGUCGCAAAAUGCAACAGAUGUACAAAUGAACAUAAUUCAUGUUUUAAAUGUGUUCUACGUAUAAAAUAUUAUUUUAGGAAUAUGUGUAAACCAAAUAAAGUAAAUAUCGUAAUUGAAAGUCAGUAACUGUAUUAUGAUUACAAGAAUUUAAAAUGUAAUGUGCUACACUACAUUUGUACUUAAAAAGUAAUUAGAUUACAGUAAUUAAUUACUCAAGGCUGGUUCUGAUAUAUUUGACUAUUUUGGUCACAUAAUUUAGUUACAUAAUUCCCAUACAUCUAUUUGUGUUUAUUUGAUACUUUUGAUGACUGUUAUUCUAAAAUGUGGAAAAAAAGUAAUAAUAAAGCAUAAGUACGUGUGUCCAAACUUUUUACUGGUAGUUUAACUGUUUUUUUUAUUAGACAUCCUCUCUUGACAUCUUUCCCCUUUCCAAAAUGAUAAUAGUUUUGAUAUUUUGAAUCAAGGCAGAAAUGUUUUUAAAGUGAAACGAGUCCAAUCUUGAAGGAACAGUUCUCCAAAAAUGAAAAUUCACUCAUCAUUUACUCACCCUCAUGCCAUCCCAGAUGUGUAUGAC